AUGUUACUCAAACCGGGAAAACCACAAGAAGUUAUUACAUCAUACCGAUCGAUAUCACUCCUUUCAAGUUUGUCUAAGCUCUUAGAAAAACUUUUACUUAAACGUCUAAAACCAAUUAUAGAAGAAAAACAUCUUAUACCAGACCAUCAAUUUGGAUUCCGCAACAAACAUUCGACAAUCUAUCAAGUUCAUCGCGUCACUAACGUUAUAGGUAAAGCUCUUGAAGAAAAAUAUUACUGCGAUAAAGUGUUCCUUGAUGUAGCUCAGGCUUUUGACAAAGUCCUCAUCAAAUUGCGUGAUCAACUGCCACAUACCUGGUGUGCACUUUUUGAAUCAUAUUUAACUGACCAUCAAUUCCGAGUCAUACAUGAAGAAGCGGUAACCGAAUGGAAAGAUACAUCAGCUGGAGUACCACAAGGUAGUAUCUUAGGACUUGUACUUACUCUACACAGCUGA